UCCGCUCAUGAUUCACUCGACUAUGUUACUCUACCGCCGUGAUCAUGGCUGAUCCCAAAGCCCCCUUCGAGACCCUCUCGGAGGAUGAUCAUGGGCCGAUCAUCACCCUCGUGUCGGUGGCUCUCCUCAUAACCGCCAUUAUAUUUGUCGCAGCCAAGCUAGGCUCGGUGCUCUACUUCAAACAGCGUCGUUCGGCCGUGAAUACGCCCGUCUGGCUAGCUCUGGUUCUUCUGCUCAUCGAGGUUGCCGUAAUACAACAGGCUGUCAACAACGGGAUAGGUAGACAUCUCGACACUCUCGCGGAGGCAGCCAUCCAAACCGCAAGCAAGUACCUCUAUGCUGCACAACUCCUCCAAAUUGUCAUUCUUUCUCUAUCACAGCUCUCCACCAUCCUUCUCGUCUGGAAAUUGACCCCUCAUGACGGGAUCCGCCGGACCUGUCUCAUCACCACCGGCUUGACAGCAGCAUGGACCAUAUUUGCACUCUUUGGCGUCUCUUUCCAAUGUCAGAUGCCCGAUCCAUGGAUCUACAACCCUUCACGCUGUGCUGGACAGGGUGCCAUCCUUUAUCCCAUCUCGGUGAUUCAGAUCUUAACCGAAGCCAUCAUCGUGGCCAUCCCAUUCUUCAUGAUGCGCAACGUGCAGAUAAAACUGAUGACGAGAGUUAAGAUCCUGGCCUCAUUUUCAGCACGAACCCUCGUGAUCGCCCUCGGAAUCGCCCACCUAUCAGUCCUGCCUUCUUUCCUCCACUCAACAGAUGUUACAUGGACCGUCACUAUCCCAACAGUAUGCGCCCAAGCCAUGAUCUGCACCACCGUGAUCAUUGCCUGCCUGCCAACCCUCUACCACAUCUUCGCAGGUCUCCACUCUGGAUUGAUCACCACCCGACUGCCCGAUGAGGUCGAGCUCAAGCAUCCCUAUUUAUACGGACGCCAAUCCACCGUUCGGUCGACCCGGAGCAAUACAAAGGCACUUGCGGGAUUGGAGACACUGGACGGUUCUAUGUCGAGAAAUCAAAACUCUGUGAUACGAAGGUCGAGUAUGAGUGAUAGUAUGAAACACUUGACGGAGGAAAACACCGGUAAUGGCGUAUUGAUGACAGUGGAUAUCACGGUUGAGGUGGAGGAUCGGUAGCAAUAACUUCCUUCCUCUCUCCCAUUUGCCUCCCCCUUUUUCCUUUGUCUUCAUAUACAAGAAUUAUGGCAG